UAUACCGCCACCGUGGAAUCUUUUUUAGCCUACUUCCACCUUUGUGCGAACGAAUCAACUAAUAACUCUAAUCCAACAAUGAGAUGACACGUCACAUCACAAAUGUUUGCCCACAUUAUUGUAUUGUUAGGUCCCCUCGGUGUAGCUGUAAACUGUGAAAAUGUCAAACUCCUAGACUUUCUGUCGCCAUUCAGGCUUGCGUCAUUAACUGGACCACUCUGCGCACAUACAAUCAAACUGUAUCCCUCCGCAAUGAACGGGACUAGAAAUUAAGCGAUCGAUGAUUUCUGGCUCGUCGCCAAAGCCAGUGACCGGGUCAAAUUGAGUGUGGUUAAAUGGGGAAAAGACCGUGAACCCCUUGCUGGUUGUCUAGCGCUGACAUUACACCGAAGACAGUUGCAGGUUUAGAUAACUAUCUAUUAUACACCUGAUUUCCCCUUUUAUCUUACCGCUGUUGAGAAUAACCACGUCUUUAACAUGGACUGUAAAAAAUAGGUCUUUAACUGGCACCAAUGUGUAGAUCCGUCUAGCGUAAAUCGUUGUUUCCCCCCAGGCACCUGUAAUAGGCAAACAAGUUUGUUGGUGGUGGUUGCAUUAAUGCGUUGUUGGGAAUAGCCUAGUUUUUAUAGUGUGUACACGUUUUUAUUAUAGACAGCUCAGCUCAAACAAUUCAACUGAGCAGGUGUAUUUUUUUACAUUUAGAACUCGUGGCAGAAGGCGAAUAAUACCUUUAUUACAAGACUAACGCUGCCUCUUUGUAAAGAAGUAGCUGAACCUGGCUAUUUGUGUGUGGAUAUACUGAACAAGAAUUGACGCACGCCUAACUAUCACACCGCGUCUGCCAUUCUGGGAACGUUCCAGCGCAGCGGAUGAAUUCCGCACAAAGGCGGAGAGGCUCCCGUCUGGCUGACGCCGGUUUAUGCGACUGGAGCGUCUCCGUCUCCCUGCAAACAUACGCGGUACACCUCUGGGCAGACAUAGGGAUUCUGAAAGUGAAGACUGUCAAGUUGGAGAAACGUGAGAUAUUUCCUGGAAAAAAAUUAUUCCCUGCUCUCAUUCAUCUCUCACCUGCUGUUUUGUGGAUCCCUGGAACAGGCAACCUCUUUUGCUGCAGAGUUCAAACACUCCUCUGGCCUUCCUGCCAUUUUGACUGUGUCCCCUGCGGACAGACUGCACAACCACAACCAUGCACUCCACCACAUCCAUCACCUCACUUUUCUCCUUCACCAGCCCGGCUGUGAAGCGCCUCCUGGGCUGGAAGCAGGGCGACGAGGAGGAGAAGUGGGCCGAGAAGGCCGUAGACUCCCUGGUCAAGAAACUCAAGAAGAAGAAAGGGGCCAUGGAGGAGCUGGAGAGAGCGCUGAGCUGCCCGGGGCAGCCCACGAAAUGUGUGACCAUUCCACGCUCGCUGGACGGAAGGCUUCAGGUGUCACACCGAAAGGGCCUCCCUCACGUCAUCUAUUGCCGCGUGUGGCGUUGGCCUGACUUGCAGUCUCACCACGAGCUGAAGGCCUUGGACUGCUGCGAGUUCCCCUUCGGCUCCAAGCAGAAGGACAUCUGCAUCAACCCAUACCACUAUCGACGUGUUGAAACACCAGUGUUGCCACCAGUGCUCGUGCCUCGGCACAGCGAGUUCAACCCGCAGCAUAGCUUACUGGCCAAGUUCCGCAACGCCUCCAUUCACAACGAGCCCCUCAUGCCCCAGAACGCCACUUACCCCGAGUCCUUUCCCACAAUGCCGUGCAACUCCUUCUCCUCCCCCUCUGGGUCGCUCACACAGUCGCCCAAUGCCGCCAGCUACCCGGACUCUCCCAGCAGUGCCACCGACCCUGGGAGCCCCUACCACAUCACUGCAGAGACUCCUCCUCCUCCCUACUCCAUGAUGGAGACUAUCACUCCGGAGGAUGUGAAGCCGGAUGAGAAUCCCAACAAGCUCGUCUUCUCCGCCCCACACAGAGACAUGCGGCCAGUGUGCUACGAGGAGCCUGAGUACUGGUGCUCUGUGGCCUACUACGAGCUGAACAACCGCGUGGGUGAGACCUUCCACGCCUCGUCCCGCAGCAUCCUGGUGGACGGCUUCACCGACCCGUCCAAUAACAAGAACCGCUUCUGCCUCGGCCUGCUCUCCAAUGUCAACCGCAACUCCACGAUAGAGCACACGCGCCGGCACAUAGGCAAAGGUGUCCAUCUUUACUAUGUGGGUGGAGAGGUGUAUGCGGAAUGCCUGAGUGACAGCAGCAUCUUUGUGCAGAGUCGGAACUGCAACUACCAGCACGGUUUCCAUGCAACAACUGUCUGUAAGAUCCCCAGCGGCUGCAGCCUGAAGAUCUUCAACAACCAGCUGUUUGCCCAGUUGCUCUCCCAGUCUGUCAACCACGGCUUUGAGGUGGUCUACGAACUGACCAAGAUGUGCACCAUCCGCAUGAGCUUCGUCAAGGGUUGGGGUGCAGAGUACCACCGCCAGGAUGUCACCAGCACCCCUUGCUGGAUCGAAAUCCACCUUCACGGACCUUUGCAGUGGUUAGACAAGGUCCUGACCCAGAUGGGCUCCCCACACAAUCCCAUCUCCUCCGUGUCAUGACAAGCAAAAGUGCAGGGGGGGGGCUGAGAAGCCAUCGGCAUUGUGUUGUUUUAUAGCAAGCACAUUACCCUGUCUUGAGUGGAGCAUGUAGUGUGGGUAUUUGUGGUGGACACAAUCAAGAUAUUUGAAGUAUCAUAUUUCAGAACUGUAUUGCUCUCUGAGACUGAAAUACGGUUCCUCUCAAAUACGGAAAAAUGCACUAAAUUUAGGUCUGUGACCACUUCACUGUCAAAGUCAAUUCAUGUUCAUUUCAGUUACGCGAGACAACAAAAGUUAAACUGACUGAUAUUCCAAAACAGUUGUAGAAUAGCUUUUGAAAAGCUUUCUGUUUUAUUUUUAAAUAAUUUUUACUUCUGGCUUGAAAUUCGCUGUAUGUGCAAUGCAGUCAAUGAACACUCCAAGAGCCUGGAGACGGAUGGGAUCAUUACAUAGGUACUAAAACUCCUGGUAUUUUGUUAGAUGGUGCUUGUGUUGGUUACAUUACUGAGCUGCAACCUGUGUAACAUUUCAUGUAUUUGUUUUGUUGGAUUGUUUUUAAUAUAUAAAGUUCAUUUCUUCAA